UGGCCUGAACUUUAAAAGUGAAAGUAGCUGCUAAUGUGUAUCGGGCCCUGCUGCUUUGUUUAGAGCAACAACUGGGCUCCCAGCACCCUGCUCAUCAAAACUAAGGAGGGGAGGUUAUUUUGGCGUGUUAAAUCCCAGUGGCUCAGAAGGUGGGAGGCGGAGGGGGAUCAGGCCGGGAGCUCAGCCAGGAAUAGAAGGAGCGGGGUUGUAGCUGGAGACGAGGAAGCAGAGCAACUGGGCCGUUCAAGUGUCACAGGGCAGAGAACAGCUGGAGGCUUGUGCUGGAAGCGGGGGAAGCCGCUUCCCAGCAGAGAGGCAGCAAUUCCCGCCCCCCAGCUGAGAGCUACGGCAGGGAAGCGACCAGGAGGGGCAGGGGGCUGCAGCACCAGCCAGGCCACCCCUGGGAGAGGCUCGCCAUGGCCUCUGCGAAGGGAGAGCGCGCCGAGGAGCUUCCCCCCGACGGCACGUGCGAUGUCUGCGAGCCCGAUGAAGCCCAGAGCGCGGUGGGGGUGUGCGAGGAGUGCGGCUUCUCCUUCUGCCAGCCCCACGCCGAGGAGCACGGCCAGAAGUACGCGGCCCACCGCCUGCGGGGCCCUGCCUCGGGCCGCGAGGAGGCGGGGGAAGAGGCGCCCAAGUUGGAGCGGAAGAAGUGCGAGGAGCACGGGCAGGAGCUGAGCCUGUACUGCAAGGAGCAUGAGAAGAUCAUCUGCGUGCUGUGCGCCGUCACCGGCACCCACCGGCAGCACCAGCUCAUCACCCUGGAUGAAGCCUACCAGGCCAUGAGGAAUAGAGAACCCGUUGACCUGAAGGUGGCCAUGCUGGAGAUGGUGGAAAGGUUAAAGUUCAAGUGUGCAGACCCUAAAGUGACUCGGAGUGAGAUGAAAUUGUGUGUUCAGCAGGAGUUUGACACUGUACGGCGGCUGGUCUGUGAGGAGGAACGGAAAGCUCUACACCUAGUGGACCUCCAGGAAGCAGUGGCCACUGCUCAUGUGACAGAGGUACUGGCAGAAAUCAACGUCCACAUGGCAAAGCUGAUGACUGAGAUGGCAGAGAUCAGAAGGCAGCUGAACACCUUCAAUGAGUUAGCCCUGCUCAAGCCUGAGAGCCACGAUGAGGAACCCAGAGCUAAUCCUUUCCCUCCUGCUUCUCCUUCCCGAGGGAACAGGCGAUAUGAUGACAAGGACCCAUCGUCGGCUAACGGGCCCUGCUGAGACAGAACGGGUUUAGCUGCAGUGGAGACGUUACAGAAGGAUCCUCUCAACACAGACUCCAUGUGAUGAAGAGAAUGCAGGAAGAGGGUCUUAAGUUACGCAACUGCAGCACUGUUUCCUCCCUUUACUUUGCUGUGUCUUUGGAUCUCCUAGAUAAAAAUGUGAUCCUUCCCCACACCUAUCCUUUGGGAACACACUUACUCUCACGCCUAGCGAUAUAUUUGCUGAUCCGCCUAUUCUUAAGAGGACAAAUGUCCUGCAAAGAUAUGACACUGGGCUUUGAAAAUGUGGAGCCAGUAAUUAAAAUGAAGACUGCAGUACAGUAGAAAGUAGAGUCUAAAAACCACAGUGGUGUUUUUACUGAUGGGGGUUAUUGAGGACUUCAGUUUAAUAAUUUAGUGCAGCUAAGAUUAAUAAAUGAUAGGAGGUGGAAAUGGUCUUUUAGGAAGAAGGAUUGGAGUGGCAUGUUAACUGUUUAAUUCAUUGUGUUCUGAAAAAUGGUGCAUGAAACACUAUAUAAUGACUGGGGACAGUCCUAAGGUUUCUGAGCCUUGUAGUGAGGAGAACGUGUAUCAUGAAUGACGUUUAUGCCUUGUGAGUGAGGCUGUCUGAGCACAAGCUAGAGAGUCACGGAUGCCAGUGAAUUCUAGCCCUGCUUAAUGAAAAGGCUUCAGGAGAUGUAGGGUAAGAAGUUAGAUAGGGGUCUAUGCAGCUUAGAGACCCAUUCUGCCACCACGUACUACAGGUCAUUGGCCCAGAUCUACAAAGCGGCCUAGGUGCCUAAAUACUUAAUCAGUAGGCCAGAGAAAAAUGACGGUCGUCUGGUGGAUAUGGUAUCCAACAGGGAGGUGGGAGAGCCAGAGUCCAGUCCCCUGCUCCAGUGAACUUUUUAACUUAUCUAAAGUGGAACAGCUUGAACAGGGGAGAUUACAGGAGCCUCUGCCCUCCCUAUUAGAAUAUCCCAUAGUUCAGUAGUUAGAGCCCUCUCCUGAGAAGUGGUUGUCCCUGUUCAAAUCUUUUCUCCCCCUCAGGCCAAGAUGGAAAUUGAACCUGGCUCUCCCACAUCCCAUCUAACCAUUGAAUUUACUGUCAGGGAUGUGGGAUGUCAUAAUAUGCAUGCACAUGUUACCCUGGCCUUCUCAAACAUGUGCCCAUAUAUUCUCCAGGUACCUCUUGCACUAUCAUACAUUUCGUUUAUGCCACUCAGUUUUAGUUUUGACUUAAAUACAAACAAACCAAUAAAACCUCUGCUUUCUUUUUCUCAUUUGAUCAUUAAUUAGUAUUGAAGAACUGGGCUAAAUUCACUACUUAUGUAAACCAAUCCAAUUCCAUUGAAGCCAGUGGCGUAAUCCUGCUUACAGUAGUUGUGAAUUGGGCUCUGUGAGUUCACUGGUAUAGAUGGAAUUAAUGACUUCCUAAGGUGCAGUAUAAUAUGUCAGUUUCUAGACUAGCUUGAAAUUGAAUAUCAAGCUUUGGGAAACAGAUGGGUUGCUCAUAGGUAUACAAAUAGCAACAUCAAUGGAAACAGGCAUGUGCAUAAGGGAAGCAACUGUGGCCCUGAAUCUCCAAACAACAGAAUCCAUCCAGUAAACAGGAUUGUCACAAGUCUCAGAAUUUCACAGGAUUUUUUUUUUUUUUAAAACAGCUCCCAUAGGGAGGUUUUUUUCCUCCUCAGCAGCACAGGGUUUUGCAGGCUACACCAUUUAGAUAGAAUUCAAGGGGACGCGAUAUUUUAAUCACUGAGUGAAACAAAUUUUUACCUCUUAAAAUUUAAAAAAAAAAAAAAAUCACAAUUUGCAUAAAAAUGAAGACCAUCAUCCAGAAACCUGUUAUACAAAACUCAAUAAUCCAGACAGAAAGAGGCACUGCAAUAUAUUUUUGGAAAGGUUUCCGAUCUCUUUUGCAGUUUCAUGCUGUUUAGGACACCUGUUAAAAAUUUGAAGCGAGGAGAGCAUUAAAUACAGAGCAAUGGCUUGUACAGAAUGGCCCAUGAUUUCUGUUUUAUGCAUUUGAUCAAUUUAAAUCCUGUGAUAUUUCCCAUGAUUGGUCCAGCAGCUUUCCAUAAGCUGCACAGUGCCAUGUUAGUCCUUCAGCAUAAGAAUUACAUUGUUCCCAUUUUGUUCUUAAGCCAUACUGUGGAAGUGCAGAUGUAUUAUUCAGAUUGGAUUGAAUUGUGUUUUGAUUUGACAUGUGCUGCAGUGCUCACAGAAAUACCAAGUAAGCCUUUAUCAGGGGAGCAGGUAACAGCUUCUGUAAUGAAUCAGAAGCUGAAUAAGGGUGACUGGUUGCUAUCCAAACAGAAGAAAAAGUUCCUUUUUAGCAUGGCUCAUUAAAAUGAUGGUGCACCCAAGUGGGUAAUAGCAGCAGAAGAGAAAUCCUGUAGGUAUCAGGGCAUUGAUACAGCUACAUUGGGAGAAAAUAGCUGAAAUGACAUUUAAUUCCCACUGCUUUGCUCCCCAAACUCCCUAUGUUUUAAACAAAUGCCUCUGCCACUGGGUUGCAAAGAUAAACAAAGUAAAGUAGUUUAUGGACAUUAAUUAAUCUCACAACCACAUUUAUCUCACAGCCUCCCUGUGAGGUAAAUGAUUUGUUAUCCUUAUUCAACAGGUCAGGAAACUGAAGCAUUAAACAGCUAAGUGACUUGGCCAAGGUCCCUCAGUUACAGAGCAGGGAAUAAAGCCCAAAAUGCUUGACUCCAUCGAGUUUUCUAACCACUACCCAGCAAGAUCCAUCUUGUGCGAUUCUCUUCCCUGCUGUUUACAUUAAUAGGAACCUUGCUGUAUCCUGCCCUGAAUGUGUAGUAGUUAAUGUCUGAUGUAGUGUUAGAAAAAACACACAGUAUCUAGGCCAAAGGAUUAAAAAUAUUAAACUCAUGGACAUACUGGAAACUCAGCGUAUGUUAGCAUGAAGCAUUCUUGGCUGUCCAGAUAGUGCUGUAUAUUUUUACAUAGACAUUAGGCUUGUACCAUUGCAGCCUUAAAUAUAUUUUUCUCCAACCAAGAAAAGCCUGGCUCCUACUUUUGCCAUUUAUGCUAAAAUGCAUAAAGCUGAAAGACACUCCUGUCAAUAAGGCUGCUUAUGUAAAAUUCCCUUUGUUGCAGUUCCAGCAACAGAACCAUUGCAUUAUAAUGGAGGUUUCAACUCCCAUGCUGCAAAUACUGCACAGCUUUUGGAUAAAUCUGUCUUCCUCAUUUAGUUUUGGCUCCCAUGAAGGAGGAUGAUUGGAAUGCCAAUUAAUCUCCAUAAAAGUCACAAAUCAAGCUCCGUCAUAACUAAAGAGUGCUCAAUGUGGUGUCAUCAUUACUUACCUCUGGGUGAACAUGAGAAGCGGGGCACUCAAUCCGGGCCUAAUUGCAAGUGUCACAAAUUACUUGUAGUUGAGAGAUUAGCUCAUUAGUUUAGGGCCUUUUGCACUGGAGCCCUAGAAAUUCUGAUGCAAUGUGACACUGCAGGAAUGGAGUGAGAAGAAAACAUGCUUCUGAACCAGCCAAAAUCACAAACAGUAGGAUCUCUCUUCGGGUCUUGCUGUGCCACUCUGAUGAUUAGCUAAAAGAGGAGAGGAUUCCCUGGGUAGAGCCUUCUCCUCUACAAUCCAUAUCCCACAAUCUAUCUUUAUUUAGGCCCUGAUUCUGCAAAGCUCUUAAGCCUAUGCUUAACCUCAAGUACAUGCUUAAGUCCCAUUGAAGUAAUCAUGUGUUUAAGUGCUUUAAGUGGAAACUACCACUGAUUAAUAACUACUCUUGUUCAGUUGCCAAAUGUUCAUCACACAAGCCACAGGGGAAAGCUAUUACAUAUGACUGCCUCAGGGCUUAUUGAAAAUUAAUACAAUUUGCAGUUUCUCAAUGAAAAAUGGCAUGGUUAUUUUGUUUCUCUUUCCAGAUCUUUGAUCAGACAAAUCAGUUUCCACUCAUUUACUUUUGAGGAGGAGGCAUGCUUUGAUUAUGCACCUGGAAGUCAGGAAUUUGAGUUCUAAUUUCAACUCUGGCCUUAGGCAUGGCAUGUAACCAAUCAGUGCCUCAGUUUCCCCAUCUGUAAAAUGGGGUUAAUGAUACAAGGGUGUGGUGAGAAUUAACUAAGUUCUGUUCAAGUGCUUUCCAGAUGGAUAAUUAUGUAAAAUGUUUGGUUUGCUUUUUGCUAUCUAAGUCUUUUCCUUUCUUCCGUCUCUUUAGACAAAAAUCAUACAUGCCUCAGGCUCCACAGAGUGAAGCUAAUUUUUUCAUAACAUGAUUGUUUUAAAAUCCUAAACUAUGUCCAAUGACUCUUAUUUUAAUAUAGUCCCAGGUUAAUUGGACUGGAACAUAUGUAUAUUUGACAACAAAGUAUAACUAAAAUGUUCUUUCUUUAGUUACUGAGAAAAUAAUCUGCAAACAGUCAUAACUAUGGUCCUUGUCCUACAAUCAGUUCUGUACAGGUGGACCUCGGUUCCCAUGCUGACCCCCGUUGAUGCCAGUUGAUUUACACCCACAAGCAGGGAUUCACACUAUUGGAUCCAUUUUCAGGACUGGGCCCAAAUUGUGAAGUCUUUCCUCACUUUUCUGAGUCCUUUCAGGCAAACGUUAUCAAAGGGAAUUUGCCUGAAGCAAGACUACAUGUGUGGUGAGGACUUCAGGACUUUGACCCUUGGUGAGGGCAGACAGGUGCCUCAAUGGGAAUUAAGCACCUAGGUGCUUUUGAAAUUCCCGCUAGGCACCUAAGUGCACCUUUAUGUACCUAAAUGUCUUUAAAAAUCUGGCCCCUAUGCAACUCACAUAUACAGUGCUCACUGGGGGGAAAAAAGAGAAUUACAUCCAUACAGAAGGUCAAAAGGCACCUCUCAGCAUUUUUAGGUACUUAGAAUAAUAAAUAGGCUAUCAGAGUUGGAAGGGACCUCAGGAGGUCAUUUAGUCCAACACGCUGCUCAAUGCGGGACCAAUCCCAAGACAGAUUUUUGCCCAAAAUCCCUAAAUGGCUCUCUCCAGGAUUGAACUCACCACCGUGGGUUUAGCAGGCCAAUGCUCAAACCACUGAGCUAUCCCUACCCCAAUUGCUGUAGGGGAACCCCAAGCCCUUCAAGGUGGGUGGAAUCCCCUCCAAGCCACUUCUGUUGGUUUCAGUAGGCAUUAGGAACCUAAAUACCUUUCAGGAUCUGUCUCUUAAAUACCUUUGGAAAUCUGGCUCUGUGUCCCUUCUGUGUCUUAGGUUGGGCUGUUAGACUUUAGACCUUGUUAGACUUUAAAUAUUUAAAACAACCCUCUUUAAAAACAACAACAUUUGCAAUAUUAUAUUUCAGUUACAAAGCUUGUUAAAAGGGGGAAGGAUCUGUAUUUCUGAACUGGAAAACCAGACAAUGUCACAUUGGUUUGAUUUUUGUUUUCAGGAGAAUGCAAACAUUGCUUUAAUGUAAAGGACAAAUCAAAUCCCAUGAGGUAUUAUCAACAUCAGCACUAUCACAAGGGAAACCAUGCAGACUCCGUUUUAGCUUAGGAUGAGCUUUGUAAUGUACAUAAUUCUUAAUAAACUGGAAAUAUUGCUUUUUUUGCACUUUCU